AUGUUAGCAUUAAUGCGGGAUGUAGAGCGUGAAGUAGUGAAUAGCAUGAUAGGAAAUCAUGAAAUGAUGACAAUUUGGACGCCUCGAAUGCGCAAAAAAGGUAUUGAUUACUAUGUCGACGAUACAGUCGCGAAAGGGUUUGCACGAUUCUGCUGCGUUGGACAAACAGACGCUUCUGUAAUCGACAUGAUGCCGAUGUUCGUUAGUACUCAUUCUAAAACGAUGCUGAAGAACGCGCGCAUUAUGAAUGAGAAGGUGAAAGAAGCUAAAAUUUUGUCGGUACUUCAGCCAGCUACAGGGUCUCAUCCUUACAAGUCUGUUUACAUUCGAUACACAUCCAUGGACACACCCAAACUUAUAUACGGACGCGACAUUUGCGUCUGUGUUUGCACUGACGUUAUCAAAACAAGGGACGGCUCGACAGUAGGUUACUGUCUUUGGAACUCGGUGGAUAUGCCCGAAUGUCCAGAUCGAUUCGACACAGACAAAGUUGUUCGAAGCAAAGUGUGGAAUUCGGGCUUCAUUUUUCGAAAUUCAGGAAAGCUGAACGCAAUGACAAAAGUGUGCUUCAUCGUUGGCAUUGAGCUAUCGUGUGUCGCUCCACAAAUUACAAGUCGCAUAUACAUGACGAUCUUCGGGGGCAGUUGUAGUCGCGUAUGUCAGUACUACAGAAAACGAUUUAUAGACCCCGAAAAUUUUAAACAUCGGGCAGAAUGGAUAUCUAAACACGAGACUCAUGACUGUUACGUGUGUUCUCGCUUGUUUAAUCCAUUUAUAAAGAAGUACAAUUGCAUGAGAUGUGGAGAGGUGAUUUGUAAACGCUGCUUCUUUAUGGAAGAAAUCAGUGUGCGAGGCGCAAAAGUCAUUCGUGUUCGUAUUUGUCACUAUUGCUUGGAGGACAAAGGAAUGCUGGCUUGGCAUCUUCGUGCAAUUGCAACCCACGACAGCCAUCACUGUCUAACUUGCAAUGGAGCUGGAGUCAAAGAUCUCUUGCGUCAUGGGUCGGUGGAAGCUUCACAAUUAUACAUAAAAAACAACAGUUAA